AUGGCCGAACACGCGGCAGCGGUGCGCAGAACUGAUGCCAGCUCUCAAGUUGCAGCUCAUUCGACGAUAUCCGGCCACACAUUUAAAUUCGAUGAGGCCGAAAUUCUCGCAAGAGAUGACAACCGAGUGAGCCGGGAGCUACUGGAAUCAUGGUUUACUGGCCCCCAGUCCAUCAACAAGUGCAACGAUCUUCCCAUUCAAUACAGCGUGCUGAGACUUCGUCUAGGCGGAGUAAUUGGCCACGCGGAAAGCGCACUGGUGAACACUCUUCCCAACACCCGAGUCAACGCGUCAGAUGUUCGAGCAAUCAUCACGCCAACAUCCAACGCACGUGAUGAAAUUGCAAUAAUUAUCGACUCGAACGUCGGCCACCAAGUAAUGAUCACACCAAGUGUGACAAUCCCGGAUGAAGGGGGGACCUGUGAACGUUCAUAGGUAUGCGGAGGCAUGGCUACUGCAUCCUCUAAAUACCGCAGCCCCUUGUGCAACAACCACCCGUUUCUGCUCUUUUGUCUCUGAUGAUGGAUUCGAGUAGGACUCCAAAACGUCAGGCUAAUAAAGCUCUUGUCCCGGCGAUCGUGUCUCCUUCUUCAAGACAACUUCCUGAGACUCGGCUCUUCGCUUCUAUUGACACUCAACAGAGCCAUUAAUCUGCAUCCCGCCCAACAAGCGCUACACACAAAGCUCGAGUCAGUGCGGACAAGGCCAUCAGGACAGUCGUGCAUAUUGGCGCGUGGCCGACAGCCGAUGCCAGUGGAAAGUAGGAAAGAAGCCGUCCAGGAGUCAUGUGACCAGCAUGGGACGCCAUCUCCCCGCGGCUCCCUAGAGGCUGAGAUCAAUUCACAUAAGCCCAAACAACUGAUCAGUCAGUUGAAUGACGAGGGAGAGGCCGACCAGCAUGCAGCUGGCCAACAAUUACGACGACCGCAAAGGGGUCAAAGUGGCACGAGCCCACCGGCGGUCAACCGUGGAGAGGUCAACGCUGAUCGGCGGCGGGUGUUCGUACCUCGAACACGGAUAUAAUGUCAGACAGGUAUCAAGGCUGAAGCAAUCAAGGCCAGCAGGAACAACCCACACACUACUCUGAUGAUAAAAACGAGAGGGUUUCCGAAGCGCCAGUUCAAAUCUAACUUGAUCCAUAAAUUCGUCCUCUCUUCUUCUUCGUCUUCUUCGGCGACGAAGAACGCGACACAAUAUCUGGACCUCGAAUCUUUACCUAUAUCGAUAUGAUUAUUUUUAUUGCCAGUUUUUACACUUGCAGUUAGGUGUAUUCUGCCACCGUCGCUCGCUGACCAUCCAUAUGAAACAUCUAAUAACCAUGGUUUUCUCCUAUUCCCAUUAGCAUUAAUUACUGAAGUCACAAUCGCUUAUCUCGAGUUAUUUUUAUGCGUUUGGAUGUAAUCAUUUUGACAAAAUAUGUCAUGGGGAAUUUUCCAUUUCACUUUAACAUUUCGGUUUGCUCUGGAGACAAACUGCGCACUUAAAGCAAUAAUUAACAUGUUUAUUAUCUUCGCCACUAGGUUCCCGCGCUCUAAUUGACAUCCUGAAUACGUUUUUUUCUUUUUGUAAAUCAAGUCGCAGUCCCCUUGCUUCCUAUGACCCUGACACAAGCAUCAACUGGGUAAACGUGUCCUGCUGAUAUGGGUUCUUUCAGUUAGAGCGCUCGAUGCAGUAAAUUACGGGGGCAAACCAAAACAGAAUUGUCCGCGUUUUUGGUGUCUAAAUGUUGUACAUUAAACAAUUUGCAGAAGCGAUUGUAGGUGUGGGGAACUGUCAAGUUUUAUUUACACCGACAAUGACAAUGGCAUAGGCGCCAUCAUCUGACAAAUGACAGUUGAAGUGCUUGCGCCUGAACUCAGUUCGACUGCAGCCAACCAGUGAAAAGAAGAAUAUUGAUCAGCCCCAGGGCGUCACGCGCAGCGCUUGUCAGGCAUACCAAGUGCAGUUAGGGCGAUAUAGAUAAAUGGAGGCGCUGACGACUUUCCGAGUGACCGGCUACAGGGGCGUUCGGAUGGCGUGCAGAGUUAUAGGCCUGCAGAGGUGAGUUGACAGUCAUCGUAUCGUAGUUCCUGUCCACUAUAGCAUGCGAGACAUAGGCGGCUGCUAUGCCUGGAUGUGUGCGGGUCAACAUAUGCGUAGGGGAGGUUUACGUAGGGUAGGGCUCCAAAUACGCUGUACAUUCAUUCCUCAUACAUCGAUAAAGUUACUUAACUGGUCGACGAUAUUGAUGAGAACCUUGACCGGCUGGCUGAUUCAGAUACGGGUCUCCAGUGUGUGUUAAUCUUCAAGUCUGGUUAUCCUUUCGAUACUUACCUUAUCCAUCUUACUACGACGAAUUGACACUGAGAAGCCAAUCGGUUGUGAGUUGGGGCGCAGUUACGGAUGAUUUCAGACAACUCAUCUACGCGCGUCCACCGCAUUAUCAGAGAAAACAACGCAGAGAAGUAGAGGGACGCCCAGGAUGUUCGGCUUUAUAAGAUAUAGUUUCUCCGCACACAUAGCAGAUAAAAUAAAUAACCUCUCAACCUCGUUGACAUUGAAAUCAUGAUGGGAUUCGUUGACUGAGUCGGAGAUAAAGGACUGUCGUUAUUCCUUCUCCAUGCCGGCGUCUGUUCAUCCAUCCGCGUCCGAAAUAAUUUUACAUUAUUUCAGCUGGUCUACCAGGUCGGUUGAAAGAAUUCGCUCGUUUAUGACUGUACUGGUGUUUUAAGAUUUCAUCAUCGGACUCUGACGAUUCCCUCCGUCUUAUGUAUAGCAUCAAUUCAAAGUGGCAUGCGGUCACUGAGAUUAUUGACGUAUGGAAAGGCUCGCCAAAGUCCGGGUUGACCUUUCAUCUCGUCUUCGAGUGCAAAUGUGGGCACAGGCCUACGUGUAGCCAAAUGUCCUUAACAGCAUCUGAAGGCACCUUAGUAAAUGAACAUUGUAUCGCGAGGCAAUUGUGUUCUCUCAACAUGCCGGAACAGUGCCAUUAUGCAACCUCGCUUGUAGUGGAUAAAGUGGUUGCAGUUGACGUUCGGUAUUUUGGCAAAACUUCUGGUUUAACCGAAAGUCAGCGUUUUAAUCUAUCGCGUUUCUCUUUCUCUCUUCAAAUCACUCCCGAAACAUGUUUUUUUGCAGAUUUCGGAAACCGCGAAGGGGACAAUUCUUGUCAUCCGUGUGCCGACGUUUUAAAAGAUGUUCUCUGUGGCUCUCUUCGAGAUUUGCUCCGCUGAUAGUAAACGACAUGACAGGAAAUGUCUGAUCUUCCACAAGAAACCACCAGCUCCCCAGGCACAGCCGGAGAAGCGGGUUCCGUAAAACAACCGCUCUCCAAACAACCACUUUUUUCGUAGAGGUCCUGUUGCAAAAGACGCCUUCUGUAUGUUUAUACCUGAAGAAGGAGUAACUCUCUGUCUUAGAGAGAUAAUUGUUUUGAGAUUUGUGCAACUGUGUAAUGUACACUCAUAGCAGAAUGCCAUAAGAUUCAUACGCCAUCUUCUCUAUAACCUACGGGAGUGUAUAAUUCUCCUUAAACAGGAACUGUACAGCGUGCCUUGUUGAAGUUACAAACGCAAAGGCAACCGUUGAUGGUGUUUAAAAUUAGUCGGAACCUUGAAGCCGUAAGAUAUGUUUUGGUAGUCCCACUUGAUGGACACAAUGCUGUUGAGGUUUGGGUAAAGGUUUAGGGGUCAUGGUUAGGGUAAAGGGUUAGGGCUUAGAAUUAGUGGUUGUAGUUAAUAGUGAGUGUUUGGGUUAGGGGUUAGCGCAACUAUUCCCCAACCAUUCAGAUUACAAAUACGCAUUCCCAGUAGCUUUUCUUUCGCACACCUCUACUUGAUCUCGCCGCCUGUGCGUUCCCCGGUCCCACCUGUAAAAACCUCAAUUACCCCCGGCCCUGCAUUAGAGGUGACUGGGGUUUGUUUGCUUCAGGCGAGGCUACCAAACCACAUCCGACCCCUCAAUGCUGACUGUAACCUUCCUAGCCUGACCCUUACUAUAGCCAUCAUAAGCCUGACCUAUCUAUCUUUUAGUCAAACCUCCCUUGGGUGUAACGCGAGGUCGCUUGUAAUAUGCGGAGAAUACAUGUAUCUGUGCGUCACUCGAAUUUCUUGUGUUGACGUUUUUACACAACCUCCUUGUUGAUGCCAAUCAAAAGAAAGUCCCAUUGAAAACUAUACUUAAAUACUGACUUACUCCGCCCAGAAUAUUAUCAUAAUGCAGGAUGUGAUGGAGAAUAUCAAAUCAGUCGUCAAAUCCAAGCACACUCCAGCCAUAAAAGUGGGUAAUACGGAAGGCGAAACUGAAAUACCGAUGAACAGAAUUCCAAAUCCACGCAAUCGAUCCCUCUUAUGCAUCAUUUUUGCCACUGACGGUUAAACCGCCCACUCUACCGGCGCAACAAUAACUCAGACUACAAGACUGCAUCCAAUCUGGAGUUGAUCAUGCAAACUAACCCGUCUUGUGGUGUUUGCGGGUGGAUGGAGGUUUUGGUGCGGCAAGUGGUCAGUCUGGGUGUACGGGUGCUACUCCUACAUACUGAUUGCCCCAUUAGCACGACUUUCAUCCCACCCGGCUGGACCACCCACUUGCUCAUACUGUGUCUUACCCAACAAAAACGCCCAGAAAUAAUGGGCUCCACCUCAGCAUUCACUCAAACACCCCCGCAUCUUGGUUGAAAGGAUACACCGACGAAAUGCUCUCGUCACAUGAAUGCGAAGGUCAACUUGGUGGGUGGCCAUCCAAGAUUACGAUGAGCAAAUAAUAGCAAAAAUAAGAUUUUAAAGUUAAAAUGUCCCACAUUACUGCAUUUCGUAUAGUUCGAGACAUUCCCUUCUUCUGAGAUGGUUUCGGAAGCAUUUACAUUAACUGAAAGAGAUUGUUGCCUGUUUACAUGAAUUCCGGAAAAGGCGCAAACUGAUCCAUUGGCUUCACGAAACAAACAAGCCUUGUGUGGGUAGAAGGGAUCAAGUACAGGCAACCACCUGCCAGACGGAGGUCAGACAGGCUAUGAUUACGGAGGGUAGAUGACAGACUCUGGGGGCUGUGCAUGGGUUUACGCAUGUUUGUGUCUUCGAUCCCAGCUGGUGGUCAGGAUUAUGGUCGAGUGAAUGAAGAAAAACAAGUUGGUAACAACUGUAUACCAAUCUACUCAUCAGACUUUGUCGUCUCCUCUCUCAAAUAUAUAUUUAUAUAUAUUAAAUCAGGAUUGUAAUUUUAAUCACCGUGCACACACUGCCAAGAUAUGCCCACUGACAUCCGACCUAUCUCCUUACUGACCGCCUAAGCAGACUGCAUUCCGUAACGCCUGACUACUUAAUUAGCACCGUCUCCCCUAUUGAUUUUCGAUGCUCUUAUGUAUUCAGAUUGAUUUUACAGAAGGUAUGCUUAAAAGUAAUCUUUCCUUUUACAUUCAUUAAGUUCUGGGAUUGAUAAAAUCUUUCCAGUAUGAGAUUUUUUUGAAAGUGAAAUAACCAAUCGUACGACAUCGCAUCAACGCAUUAAUAAUGGUGAUUAUAAGUUAGACUACGCUGUUCACAUCUAUUACACAAUUUUGAGAGCCCAAUAUGUGCUCUUCAUGUCAGCAUAUAGAAUUGCAUGAUUCGCCUUGCACAAAAGUAUGCGGCUGAUAGUUGGAAAACAAUGAAUACAAGCGUUGCAGAGGUCAGGUUCAAAAUCUGUGGAACAUUGAAAAAUUUGUUAGUACUGGAAGAUGCUAUUUUUUAAGAAUGAAGUUUAAAUAAGACACGAUUUUCUACCGAAUGAAUAAAGGAGAAAAACUACUGGGCAUGUUUAUUUUAAAAUAUAUUUAAAUUGGUAAGAGUAUGAAUCAUCGAUGAUAAAAAAUCAUGCAAUAUAUGUGGUCAUUCUUAGUGGAAUAAAGCUUAUGCAAGCGGCUGAUGAGAACUUCAUUCGAAAGCCGGCAUGACCGGCUUAUAUUGUGCGACAUAGCACUCUGCGACAUAGCGAUUCUUCUGCAGCCCAAUUAAAGCAAUCUUUGGGGACUAAAAGCACAUUUCGGAAUUGCUGUCGACAUUUUAUGAGAGUUCGUAUUCACUGUAACUGUUCAAUUUUGCUCAGUCUCCUAUUCUCUGCUUUACUGAAUGAUGCAUAUUUUAAAUAAUAAAUGGAAUUAGAAUGGUCUAUCGGACAAAGGUGAGAUUAUUAACAUGCACCAUUUGUAUGCAGUUGUAAAGUGACCUAUUACCAGUCUGAGAGACUUUUACCUCGCUGUCUGUGGACUGUGCACUACAGCUAAUGCAACUUGCAUUGCAAUCUGUACCUCUUUGAAUCCGAAUGCAACAAUAUGACAGUAGUCAUUGCUUAAAGAGGAAACGACGGUUGCGCAGAAGUUGACGUGGCUAGGGUUGAGUUUCGCACACGAAAACUAUUGCCCCUGGAAUUCGGCACGGGUCCACAUGGAGUUACAAGUUCGCGAACUCAUGUACGGCCGACAUCCGUUUUAACCGACACGCUUCAGACAGCGUCCCGGCAGGAUUUAUUUCCGGAUCACACAGAUACUAAACACAUAAUUUUAGUCAAUGAGUGGGCUGGCUAAAAUUCGUUCCCGAAAGAAAGUCUAGAUGGAUUAAUUCGUGUUUUCGUUCUUAAGUGUGGCAUAUUGCUAAUGCCAUCGAAUCUUACGUGAGCGUCGCCAUGACUACAGAUGAUCACGUAUUCAUGGUACCAUUACCGAAAAUGCUACAAUGGGUACAUACCGAGCGCUGAAAGCAACUAAACGUCUUCCUGACGUUGCGCUCUGCACUUACGCCAUUGGGAAGAGCGACGUCUAACAGAUGAGGUGGCAGUGGGGAGACUGAAAAUGACAGUGGUUUACAGUUUUCUACAUAUCUCGAGUAACGUCAGCGGUAAGAUGUGGUUUACUAGCCCCGCCUGUUGGCUUUGGGGUUAGGCGUUAGGGUUAGGAGUUAGGGUCAGGGGCUAUGGUUAGGGGUUAUGGUUGAGGGCUAGGGUUUAAGAUUAAGAUUAGGGGUUAGUGUUAAGGGUUAGGGUUUGGGGUUAGCGCAACUAUUUCCCACGCGUCCAAAUUACAACCGGGGUUUUUUAAUAGCUUUUCUAAUGCAGACAACUAUUUGACGUCGCCGCCUUUGCGUUCCUUGGCCACACCUAUAAAAAACCCUAUCGCCACCGGUCCCGUAUUAGAGGUGACUGGGGUUUGUUUACUUCAGGUGGGGCUACCAAACCACAUCCGACCCCCCAAUACUUACUGUAACCCUCCUAACCUGACCCUUACUAUAGCCAUCUUACUCCUGACCUACAUAUCUUUUAGCCAAACCUCCUUUGAAUGUAAUGCGAAGUCGCUUGUAAUAUGCGGAGGGUACAUGUGCGUCACUUGAAUUUCCUGAGUUGGCGUUUUUGCAGAAGCUCCUUGUCGACGUUAAUCGAAAGAAAUUCUCAUUAAAAAACGAACUUUAAUAUUGCGAUUCAGUCACAAAUCCUGAAUGACUCCGUCGAGGAUAUUAUCAUAAUACAGGUUUUGAUGGGCAAUAUCAUAUCAAUCGUCAAAUCCAAGCACACUCCCGCCAUAAAAUUGGGUAAUACGGAAGGCGAAUCUGAAAUACCGAUGAACGGAACUCAUCCACGCAAUCGGCCCCUCUCCUGUAUCAUUUUUGUCACUGACGGUUAAACUGUCAAGUUCCACGGCGCACCACAAUCCCGGGCAACAAGACUACAUCCAACUAGGAGUGAUUCAUGCAAACCAGCCCGUCUUGUGGUGUUUGCGUUUGGAUGGAGGUUUUGGUGCAGCAAGUAAUCAGUCUAUGUGUACGGGUGCUACUCCUACCUACCGAUUCCCCCAUUAGCCUGACUUUCAUCCCACCCGACUGGACCACCCACUUGAUAGUACUGUGUUUUGCCUAAAAAGAACGCCCACAAAUGCUGGGUUCCACAUCCACAUUCACUCAAACAUCCCCGCAUCUUCAUUGAAACGAUACAACGAAAAACCGCUCGGGUUUGAAGGUCAACUUGGUGGGCGGCCUUUCUCGAUUACGAAGAGCAAAUAAUAGCAAAAGUAGGCUUUAUAAUUUAAAAGACUUGACGGUUUGCCAAAGCCGAGUGAGAACAUUACUCACAGUUAGCAAUACUUUAGGCCCAAACUAAAUGAAGUCUCCGCAGUGUUUUACCCUCGGAUAAGCGUUAAAGUCCAGAGAAGGGGUACCUAUUAACCUCUCCUAAUACUAAACGUGAUACGGACGCUAAACUGCAUUUUGACCAUAACUUCUACCUAAACUAUACAAUUUUGCGCAAGCCGCCCCCCGUAGUACAGGGGAACCUUUUUCAAUGGCAUUGCGUUAUAUAAAAUACAUCGUUCAUGACAGUCGGCAAAGAUGGUUACUAACUCCGCACUGUUAGGUCCUUUAUGCGAGUAGUUAUCUCGCGACCUCUUCAGUAUUGGGGGCUGGGAAGGGCCAUUCAUCGAAAAAAGGCAUGCGGUUGGUCUACCCACGCAAGAAAUUUUCCAGACGAUCUCUUUCUCUUUCUCUCUUACAAACCCACACAAACACACAGCAACAAAACACUAGAGCAAUUUCGCUGUCUAAUUUAGCAGAAACAUGCCCUCGCCUAUCAUAAGUAUAAUCCCAUUGCCCACACUUUGUCGUCUGCUUUGAUCUCCAAAACCGGCAGAUGAAUUGGUCGGAGACGGAACUGGCGAGCGAAAAGAAAAUCAUUCACUCCUUGGCAAACAUCCUAUCUCAUGAUCUAAAAAAGUCGUAAGCAAGCCAUGUGCUGUUACUAAAAGUCCACGAUGGAAGUACUGAGAAAUCCGGCCGGGAUGUUCCUGAUAAAAUCUUAACCGGUAUUUGAGACGUUUUUUCAUCUUUGAGAUAAAGUUGUAAAAUCCACUAUUUUGAGAAUUUUCGGUCACAUUAGAUUGCCGGAUUCUAUAUGUGCGUAUUUCCGGGCGCCUUCGAAAACAACGUACCUAGUAUCAUUUUUUGCACUAAUUUAAAUUGUUUGUUCUUGAGAACACGUACGAUAAUAUCAUUUCCUUUACUAAUAUGGGGCGAUGUACAGGUUUUUUUAGAAUCUUAUGCUUAAAAAGAAAGGCAGGUUUUGGAUUCGGGCAUUUAUAAGUUAAAAUGCACUAAAACUCCCCUUAAGAAUACGGUUGGUCUUGUGCUUGCUGCUUGCAAGACUAGCAAGCUCCGUAUACCAGCCCGAAGCUAAUUAUAGUUAUACCACAAAUCAUGAUCCGAGCGAUGGGCUUAACCUUAACUUCAGCCCUUACCUUACCCCCAACCUUAUCCCAACCCUUGUCUUAAUCUCAACUCUAACCUCACAAGGAUUUGGCGCGAUGCUGCGCGCAUUGCGCCGGGUUCCUGUUUCCGUGUCCCACUGCUACAGUCAUGAUAUUUUAAAGUCGCUCAUACUACCUUUCAAGCCGAACCAUUUCCGUCCCUCUAAUAAUCCCCCUUCUGAGGCGUACAACGCAGUCUAUUUUCAUUGCCGAGUUUUAUUAACCCUCUGUGAUGUCUUAUUGGUAGGAAAGGGAAAUUUGGGAUCUUCCUUGCACGGUUAAAAUACAGCCAGCAAUAUAGAAACCCCAAGUGUCGGGUUUAAAUUUUUUCGAAAAAUUGGAAACAUUUUAAAUUCUAUAUCGCUGCAUUUUUAAAUGCACAAUAUGAAAUGCACGUGACAUGUUGCACGAAGCUCACAAGAUUACAAGUUUUUAAUGUUUUUAUGAAAUGUAUUUGAAUUGCAAAGGACAUUUAAAAUCAAUGGGAAAAUCUUACUACACAUUCAAACACUUUCCACCAAAUGUGAUCUUUGCCAAUGGCUGAAAAGAAGCAUAUUUAAAAGCUGGUUUCUUGGUGUGACUGAAAUAAACGGGACCUUUAUGAUGAUUCCCUAAUAGCAUAGCAAAAUGACUUAUUUUCUUUACACGAGAAGUAUACAGCAUAUAGUUUGGGGAUUUGAAAUGCGAGUAAAAAUGCACAUCGGAUCUAAAAUCUCUCGCAAAUUAGAUAAUAUCUAGGACGCAAAAAUUGCCUUUUCUCCAGGUGUAUAACUUGCAGAGGUUGCAAUGUGCAUUCAAAUGAGUACAAGAGAAAGAAGUUAUACAUGCUUUCUGUGUUAUGUAUUUGGGCUUUUAAGAGCAUCGAUGGUCAAUGAGAAGAAUUCAUAUUACCCAAGUAAACAUUUUACCGCCUAUGCGUUUGCAGGCGGAGACAAGAAACCCAAUUCAAAGCCGACGUCCAGGUCUGACCGCAAUAGCCUGGGAUUAUGUUGCACGACCAUCAGUAUUGCUGUCCUAGCUUUUCCUUUCUAAUUGAAAAUCCUUUUCAUCAAAUGCGUUUUCUACUAUGCUAAUCUGACAGGCAGGGUAAUAGGAUAUUUCGCACGACUGCUUACCUGAAACCUUCCGUAAGCGCAGAAUAGACUAUUUAAUUGGUCGAUAACAUUUAAACUUUCAUGGUUUUAAAGCUUAUCAAUAAAACUCGUAAAUACAGAUCGUGUCCUCAUGAUAAGCUGUUAUUUUCCAUGCAAUACGGAGAGUACAUAUCGGUAUUCGGGAUGACUAACCCCUUGCCAGAAAUUUGGAAAACGGAGCGAGGCUGCAUCUUGACCCGCAAAAGGUAAGUACAUUAACUUAUUACUUAGUCGCAGGAUCGCACUAUACUGGUCGGGCGGUGUUUCGGACGACUGGAACAGCGCGGUGCGAAGACCUUUGAGCGAAUUAAAAAGUACUCUUAAGUCCUACGCGUGAUCAGGCCGGUUAAAGCACCGUCGAAAGUUUACUCAAUAGGCGUUCAUCCACGGACGGAAAUGUGUGGUCUCAUUAAACGCAGUGGUGCGGCACAGUGGCUACACUGCAUGACCGAGUAAAUGGCUCGAUGCAGGAGGUUAUAACCGGAAGGCCUGGGCAUCAAAUCACCGGUUAGAAUUUAUGCGGUGGUGUAAUGAGUGUUUACCCGUGCCCUGCCGAGCUACGUACAAACGUAUUUUGAGUGAACGAGUGCAUGUCGCAAUGAAAUGCCCUCUCCCAUCUCUUCAUAAAAUACUCAAUGAUUUACUCCUUCAGUAUAAAAUGCCACUGUCACCAAUUUAAAUUCCUCCGGAACAAAUAAAUACGUGCACUUGACCACCAUUCAGCCAUGAAAAGCCACAAAAUAAAUGCUAAUGGCGAUUCGCACGUGCAGCGCAGCUGAUUAGCCCAUCAGGUUAUGAGGGGAGGGCUUACGGGCACACGGACCUAGUAGCGACAACGGUGGCCGGACAGAGGGCAGAGGUCACAUGAACUCGCCAGCGGUCGGCCACCGAGAGACCAAAGUCAAUCGCCCCCUAAAGGGUAGGUCUGAAUUCAUGCGUCGGGAGACAGGCGGCGAGGCAGAGCAACAAUUCUGUGCUUGCAGGAAUUAACACCCCUCAACACUGAUGAUGGAAAUAAGGAAAUUUCCGAAACGUCAACACAAAUACAGUGUGGUUCAGGGAAUCGCUUAUUUUUCUUCUUUGCCUUCUUUUGGGGAUGACGGAUGGGAAAAGUUGUUUGGACCUCGAAUUUUCACUUUUAUUGACAUACAUUUACGCGUAUCUAUUUUACGAGCGCCAAGGUCAAAACACCGUCUCUCUGGCACACUGACCGUAGAGAUAUUCUCACUUUACUAUGUUUUGAUUUUACAGUAGGUCGGCUUACUCAUGGAAUGUAAACCUAAUUUUUUAAUGCGUUUUCAUUCCGAAAAGACAAAUUAGGAAGGGUUCUGAAACUGGUCAGCCUGCAACAUAAUUCUAUAAUAUUUCAGUUACCUCAAAAUGAUGCCUUUUGAAUGAAUUUCCUCCCGGCUGCAUUGAAAAUCUUAACCCUGUAAAAAACAACUACUUAUUAGCAUGAAUUGUUCUCAUUGACUUUCGAUGCCCCUAAAUGUCCAAUUACAUUUCAUGGAAAACAUGCAGUACGAUAUUCAUUGUUUUGCUCAUUCAGUAGUUAAUUACGUCCCCUCCUUAUUUUAUACUCUUAUAGGGAACUUAUCCUGUUUUAAAGAAGUUUCUUAUUGUGGGACUUUUAUAUACCAUGAAAUGGCCGUUCAUAAAAUGUCAUGCCUCUGCAUUUACCAAUUUGGCUUGGAAAGUUAACAAUAUGUAUCAAAUCCAAUUCUUAAUUUUAUGAAACCUAUGUCGUCCCCCUCUAUUACCAUAGAGACAUGUGUGGUUUUUCGUACGCGAAAUAAAACGGCUUGUAGUUAGAAACCCUAAAUGCAAGUGUGACGGCAGGGCGGGUUUAACAUUUUUCGAGAACUAGAGACGUUUUUUAAAACAGAAUUAUACCCUUCCUUCAAGCAAUAGGUUGUGAGAAGACGUCAUGUUUUACCGGAUCAGCAACAGAAUGAAUAUUUUUAUGCAUGUUUUCCAUGAAAUAUAACUGGACAUUUAGGGGCAUCAAAACUCAAUGAGAAAAAUGCAUGCUACUAAAGUAUUUAUUUUAGACAGAAUGAAUUUUUUGCAUGCAUCCGAAAAGAAGUUUGUUUGAAGCCGGCAUCAUGCGGUAACUGAAAUAUUAUAGAAUUAUGUUGCAGGCCGACCAGUUUUACAAAUCUUCUUGAUUAAUCGUUUCGAUACGAAGACGCAUUUAGGAAUUCCGGCCGACAUUUCAUAAGUUGGCUCACUUACUUUAUGCUCAGUUGGAAUCAAGUAAGGUUCGACCUUUUGAUUAUUAAAAUACCCUGCACUGAAAAUGUUUGGUUUUUACCUAAAAAGACCCUUUGCUAAUUCUCACACAGACGCUAGAUAUCUAGACCGAACAGUAGGAGACUCACAGACAUCUGCUGAUGUGUUCGACCUCGCUGCACAUUUUGCUUUUGUCCGUUGCGUGUCUGUUUCGCAAUUAAACAACAGCUAAGUUUCACCCUGGUUAUUUUCUCGGUGUAAGUGAACUCCCUAGUUGUUGGUCAAUGCCAGCUCAGUGAACGUCUGGAGGUCAUAUGAAGUUCACUAAAUUUAGCAAUGGAUUUGAGCCAUAUUGUAAACUUUACAAACAACAAUAGGAAAUGCGACGACACGAUGUUUCAUAAAUGGACAUUUGACGGUGUUACAAAAUCACAUAGUGGGACACUUUUCUUUAAUCAAAUUUUACAAUUCCGUCAAGUAUAAAAUUUGAAAAGACGUAAAUAUGUACCAAAUGAGCAAAAUAAGGAGUAUUUUACGGAUUUUUUCCGCGAAAUAUAUUCAAAUUUAUUAGGGCAGCAUAAAUCAAUGGGAAAAAGGCAUACUGUUUAGAAAGUCAUUUUGUUUAUAAAGUGUAGUUUUUGCAGGCGGCCCGACAGAAAUUCGUUCAAAGGCCGACCUACUGAAGUAACUGGAUUCUCAUAUAAUUAUGUCGCACGGUCGAAGAUGCAUUCCCCGAUUUCGGUUAAUAUUUGAUAAGUAAGAACACUUAUUGAACUUUGCAGACCAGAGGGUGUGGUGGUGUUGGUGUUGGUGGAGCUGGCGGUGGUGGUGGUGGUGGUGGUUGUGGUGGUGGUGGUGGUGGUGGUGGUGGUGGUGGUGGUGGUGGUGGUGGUGGUGGUGGUGGUGGUGCGAGUAAUGCCCUCUACCGCCUCCGGUUAUGACAGCGGGUCGAGGUACAGAAGGGAGAGAAAGUACACUGCCAGCUUAAAAUAGUACAGGCGCAAGUCACCAUCCCUGCUCUCCGCCUUGCGGUGGAACACACGGUGGACAUCGUCAGCGACGACGGCCAAAUUGUCGUGACAUAGUUGUCAGUUCGCUCGCCUUAGGAGGUUUAACUUUUGAAUAUCCGUGCCAUUUUUGCAUACCUUCAGCCAUGGACAGCGACCAAUCAAGCUCAAUAUGGUUUUCCUGCAGAAAGGUGAAUAAGUAAGGUGUCACACGCAGAAAUCUUCUUGAGUGUCUGACCUCGAAGCACAUUUGGUUUGAGGUCAGUUGUUAGGGACAGUCCAUUCGCUCUACGGCGCAGACUAUUAAAGUUCAGUCUGCGAAGCAGGCAGCGGUUCGGUCACACUCUGUCUGGUAUGUUUAGAGUAACUAAAAAUCGAAGCAGAUUGGCUUAACCCCAAUAAUAUUACAUUUUUUUGCUCAGGUUAUCUGUAUUUAGGCAUACGCAGCUCACGGAGGUGCUUGAUCAAAUAAUUGUUUUGAGAAUACUUAAACCUGUGAAGUCACUUUGUGUGGAUGAUGUUACUCACGUCAAAACCUGAUUUAAAAGGCCGCCUUCAGAAAUGAACUCAAACAAUCGACCGUAUAUGAUGCUUAUAUGUACGAUAAAAUGUUUAAGUGGCGUAAAUGUCGCUAAGCAAAUUCAACAGACUCAUUAAAUGGGAUAAGUAAUAUGCACGCUCCACUCCGAAUAUCUGUCAGCAUCAAUGUGGCGAUGAUUGAUUUUAGGCAAAACAAAACACAUUUUGAUGGAUCCUAGCCAAUACAAACGGUGGAAUGUCGCAGACGUUAUUUUCCACGACACUGGCUGCGCUUUGAAACAUGGAGCAAAAGGGUCAUUUCAAUGUCUGUACUUGGUGGGGUCGCGUACAUCACGAAUGCGAUUAAUAAUAAUAAUUUUUUUAUUAAAGACCCGUCGGCGUGCCAUCAAAGCAAUUUAAAAAAAUGUACAUGCAAAUUUUAGAUAAGGUCAACAGAAUUUGCAAAAAAUGCAAUCUAUAGUUACUGAAUUAAUAGUCCCUUGAGAAAAAUCACUGGCGAGAAGUGAAAAAAACUCCAUCAAAAAAAUUAAAAAAUGGUUCGAUUAAUUUUACAGGAGAAAAAAGCCCCUCGAUAAAGAAAUGUAACAACAAAAUUCGAGCAUGACUGGCCUUUAUGUGGUGGUUUAUAACGGAUUAUAAUCGAACAUGGUCAGGGCAGAACUAAAUGUCAGCCUUGAUUAUAAUCAGACAUCGUCAGGACAGAAAUAAAUAUCAGCCUCGAGAGGUACGUAUACGGGUCGGACAGGACUGGCCUGCAUGUGGUAUUGUAUACGGGAUUCAGAACUGACAUCGUCAUGGCGGACUUGAUACGCCGGAUGAGACUAUUCGCGUCCAAGAGGCCAGACGCGAGGAACCCAAACGCGAUCGGCCACCGUACGUUUCGAGCCCAGCCCAGGAGUGGGGAAGGGAGGUUCGACCAAACUACUAGUAGGCGGCGAAUACUGAGGGUUCCGCCGUGAUCGGCGACAGACCGCAUGAGGUCGGAAUGCGGGAGAUGACAACAAGAAGCGCGAAAAUCGUCGCUAUGGGGAGGAGUGAUAGCAGUGGAUUUAGCAACCAAUCCAAAACAUAGGUUUCUAAUUGAUGGUUACCACUUGAUCUACCACUAAAUUCCAGGAGGACCCUUCACAAAGUCAAGAACCUGAAUGCUCGGGAAUGAAACCGUCAACAGUGUCUUUAUGCUUUCCAGUGUAAGGUGCUGGUGUAAUUUUGACUUGAAUACCAGUUACUUAGACGAUGACCUCAUUUCUGGCGAAAGAUUAUUCCAAAGGAAGGCAUAUUUGGAAGCAAAAAGAGGGAGUGCAUAGAUGCAGUGCAAAGAGGCCGCGGAAUCACCAUAGAGGAGUUGCGCGUGGCAUAAGACCGAUCUCUCGGAGUAAGAGUGUCGAUGAGCGGAUAAUUGGUGUUAGAGUUGAUGCGAAAAAGGAGGCAAAGACCAGCUUCGAGUACUCUAACCCACAAAAACUUAAUCUUCGCCAACUGACAUCUUUGAGUAUAAGAAGUACCGGGUGCAACUUGAGAGAAUAGUGUUCGGAUGAAAACCCUGUAAACAUUUUCGCUCUGAUAGCAGUCAAAGGCGUUCAGUUAACCAAAUAAAGGACAGCAGUAUUCGAAGAUAGGAAGAAAAAACAUCAGAUAAAUUCUUAGCUUCAUUUCCGGAAGGAAAAAAUUAUGCGAUAUAAAUUCACUUAUCUGCGCGGCUUUGGCAGAGAUUCUAUCUGCAUGAGGUGAUAAAGCAAGCUUAUUUGUAUAACUUAGACCUAGGUCCUUUAUGGUGAGGCAUUCUGAGAGUGGGUUAUUCUGAAAAAUUAUGGGACCAGCAAGUUUGGUAGGUUCAAAAGACAUUAAACUAUACUUGGAUGAUGAAAACUCCAUCUGUCAUGGUGAACCCAAUCUGCUUAAGCGUAGUAAGUCGACAUCAAUUUUUUUCAACAUAAACAUUUGCGGUGUCCUUAGAAUAUGAGUAAACACACUUGUGGUCAGCAGCAUAAUUAAAAGUUUGUGAAUUUCGGAGUUUAGUCAAAAUAUCAUUGAUAUUAGGAAGAAAGAGAAGCGAACCGAGAACCGUACCUUUAAGUACGUCACUCGUAAACUAGUGAGCUUUUGAGUAGCUAUUACCGACCGUAACUUUCUAAUAUCGGUUGGACAUAUGGGACCUGAUGAAGUCAAGUAGAGGCGGCCGGAUGCCGAGAGCUUCCAAUUUUACUAGAAGAGUCUAUGGGGCACCUUGUCAAAGGCUUUGCUAUGAUCAAAGUAGAUAAUUACUACCAACUGCCAUUGUCUUUAGAAGAAAGGCUAGAUAAUGGAAAAUUCUCUCUUGUAGCCUGUUUUUAUCUCAUUGUCUGCACCCCAGGACGAGGGGAAAUAAUCCACCGUCAGUCUUCAGAUAGUGUUUUACCGCAAAAGAGAUCAAUUUUUCGAUAAGCCUAGUCCUUCUGUCUCCUAGCGAGUUCUCAAUUCGACUGGUGUUAAGAAACAGUCGAGUGUUUUUUUUGGCUAAUAGUAAGCUGUUUGUAAUUUACUAGAAAAUAAGCUACUGUUAGCGCCAUGAAAUAAUGCGUUUCUUUCGUCGCUGAACGUUUGAGUCUUUGAUGGUCUAUCAUUUAGUACGAUCCAUAGCAUGAUCCUGAAGUUAGGAGUAAUGUUUGGUGGUACAUUGCGGGACCGUAUAACGCCCAAUGGACAAAGAACUCGUUGAUAAGAAGUAUAAAGAUCGCUGGAACAAGGGCUUUAUUCUCUUGGCGUUUCGGAUUCUCACCUAAGUUCAUCAUCAAAGACAGCGACAAAAACGGGUGAUUCGUGCACAGGAUGUUGCAGUAUUUAUAGGAUGCAGUCGCCAUGCUAUCGCAUACCUUUGAUAUUUAGACGCUCGCCUCUUAAUCAAUAAUCGUUGUCCGCUAGUGCGCUAACUGCUUGAUAGCCGGCAUGCAAGUUGUUGACUGCUGAAAUCUCAUAACCCGUUUUGAAUGCUGACGUGAUGAUUGAUCGGCCAUUUGGCUCACCGGCCUGCACGCUCCCUGAGGAGUUAACUGCUUUGGCCAGACUAUGCCUCAGCACGGAACAUGGCGUAGGAAUGUCGUUGUACCUGCUGAUAGACUGAGGUUCCAUGAUGCAUGGCUUAAGGAACUCGCGGCUCACGCGAUUAUCACCUUUUACGAGAAUUACGGCCUCAUCGAACUUAAAUUUGUGACCGGGUCUCGUCGAGUGGGCUGGGACCUUAGACUUAACGUCAUUUCUCCGCACCACAACCGCGUAUUCAAUAAUUCGCGUCCAGAGCAGUCUUCCAGUUUCUCCAACGUAGUUGCUUUGCCCGCAACUGCACUAGAUCUAAUUAACGACUCCAGAUGUUUCCUGCCGUGGCAGUGAUCGGUUUCAGUGAAAAUCGGAAACGUCAGGCGAAUAAGGCGCUUGUUUCAGCGAUGGAUCCCACUUCUUAUCGACUAGUUCCUGAAACACGAAUCUUCGCUUGUAUCGGCAAAUAGCUUGCGUUUGAUGCGCAUAUUAUCCAAUCCUGCUUUUAUUUAUGGCUAACUCACAACGACUAAUAGGCCGAAAUAUCAGUCCCUGAUUUUGUUGGUACUUUCCUGCUUUGUGUGUAACUGAGCGUUUGCGACUGCCUUUAAGGACGCUAGAUUGGUAUUCGAGGCGCAAGGGAAUCAGCAGUUACAAUUGUUCGAUUGAUGAAUAUACUCGUCCGCAUGUGGUAAAACAGUCUUUUUUAGCCGAGACCACCCGGAACCGCCCAAUUUCAAAAUGACUACAUAUACACACAGUCCUCCUCGUAUAUUGCAUACUCGUCAUAUGUCAGUCAGUCUGCAUUUAAGCCUUAUUUGGGCCUCAAGGAAUGUAAGAGUCUGCUACGCCAGGAUCAGCAAACCAUGGCACUUGCAUCUUGGUAUGUGCUGGCAUCAUUCGGGCAACUGGUUCCUUGCCGGUAGAUGCGGUUGCGCUCCCGCUGAGUAUACAGUUCGUGAGCAUGGAUGUCGAGUCAUCGUUUUGUUGCAGCUGUCCUGGUAAAAUGUCUGUUUUGUGCCAGAUGGUGGGCUGGUACACCGAGGUACGCGUUUUCGUCAUCCAACAUCUACGUCCUCUGCCGCUCCGGUCAUUUUGACUCAUUUUAACACCGGAUCCAGGUAGGAAACAAGUAGAUAGCGCGGUACAUGCGACGUAAACCUACUAUCAUUAUAGAGGAAAACAAGCGUCAGUCACUGAACCUGCGCUUACCCUAUUGUAGCGCAACCGGUGAACACUGUAGGCGACGAAAGCGCAACAGUCGUAUAUAUAAAUUUCACCGAGCUUAUCCCUUAUAUUUCUAAUCGGUUUUUACUGUAAUAUAAGUUAAAAUAUAGAUGAAAUGGAGCCGUCAAAGACAAGAGAGACCGGAAUGGCCAUUUCUGGCUUAUUAGCCGUCAUCAGCCAGUCAUACCCAACCCCAAGUGUGGAUCACUUGAGAUUCGAACCCGGGAUCUUUGGUCAGGGAGGUUGACAUUCUACCAUUGAGCCACGGGCCCGUUGUCCUGUCGGUUGUGAUCGGGAAUAUCAAUUAUGACAGUGGGCGUUCACCGAUCAGGUAGGUAACGAAACAUGCUCGUUCCGGUGUGCCUUUGGGACUCAUACUAGAACCCUCGCAUGCAGUCGCACAGCGACUAGUGGUAGACAUAGAUGAGAUGGAGCCGACAAAGACAAGGGAGACCGGAACGGCCAUUUCUGGCUUAUUAGCCGUCAUCAGCCAGUCAUACCCAAUCCCAAGUGUGGAUCACUUGAGAUUCUAGUAUGAGCCCCAAAGGCACAACGGAACGAGCAUGUUCUGUAAACUAUCUGAUCUGUAAGCGCCCACUGUCAUAAGGUAAUAUAUUUAAUCAUCUCAGUAUUCAGUAUAGAAUAAGCUCCACCACCGAUGCAAGCCAAAAUCGUUGGGAAUUUCGAAGCCCGUUCUUAAUUACAAACAGCGCUGCCUCCACUUUUGGAGGGUAAGGGAAAGGGAGCCAUUUCCCGUUGCUUCGUGUGCAUCAGCUACGUUUAAAUGAGACUAUAUUAUACGUGUCCAUAAACAGCAGGACCAUUGAAUCCACUUGGAUGCUGAAUAAUCUUGCAGGAGUGAUCGGUUGAGCAAACGCGUUCUGUGUCGUCGUGGCGAUCGACUACAAUUACGAUAGUAUGGUUAAUGACAUUUCUCUCCAACCCAACAUUGACUUCUUUUCCGCCGAUGGCUUAUCGCUUGGAAUGUGUCAGUAGGCGAUAAAACCCUUCAUGCAGUUUUUGCGAACAGAAAAUUUUAAGAUCAAGUAUUGAGAAAUUUUCUGUCUUUUGGCCGAUCGAACGAUUUGCUUGUCCGAUGCACUCCCUGAUAUGUAGACAAAAAAGAAUGAAAAGACUAUAAAAUUGACGUAAUUAAAAUUUCAACAAAUUAGAUGAAACACUAGUUGCGAACUAUUGUCAAUUUUUUCCAACAUUACCAGCUGGGACGUGACAUCAAUAACGAAUUCCUCGCAUUUAUUUGAGAAGGUUUCUUCCUCGACUAAUUCCUUGCUUUGGCAACUUAGACGCAAAUAUUGGCACUAAAUAUCAUGCGCAUAUUUGGGGUCCCGUUGAUGUGCUAUCGUAAAACGCACGUUUGCUUCGGCGGUCAGGGUCUGUACAAUUUGCUAUACUGACUAUAAUUAAAAUCGCUUGGAUAGUUUUCCUGAAAUAAGCCGACUCAGUGUUGGGAGCAAGGAAAAUGUUGUUGUUACCAUCGGCAGUUCGCUGACUGCAUAUUAAAGUGCAAUUCGCAUGCGUGAAUGGUCGGACUUUUGGCGCUUGCCGGCUGUUUACUGACAGCCCAUUCAAAGUCCACUAAAACAGACAGGAAACAAACAAAUCCGAUUUGUUUUUGAUCUAGUUUCGGUGUCUGCAUUAUAUGCGCGAAAGUGAUCACACAUCUAGCGCAGUGUGACAUAUACUCAAAUUAUUUCAAAUCUCUGCAGUACGCAAGUGAGAAUAAGUCGCCCCACCAAACGCCCAGGCAGCAUUUCCGCGACCCAUUCUUUUUUAACUGGACUUAACUAAUAAAAAAAUUACUGCUGAGAGAGAAUGAGGAAAUAUGCUUGCCGAAGUGAUUUGAAAGAAAAACAGGGAAAUGUCUUCUCGGAGGGAACGCACUGUGCAUGUGAAAUGUCGCGCGUUAACGGUAAAUGGGGAACGUGAACUGCGAUUUAAGCUCUUCUGGUAAAAAAGGUAGCAAGUAAGCGAAGGCAGGUUUGCAAGAUUUCAGUUACUUAACGUCUUAAAAUAAAACGCGUUAAAUGUAAUCCUUUUCCAAAUACAUCAGCAUAAUGUGAGAAGGAUUAAUGUAUGCAGGAACUAUCCGGUUCAAUGCCUUGUCUUCGUUUUAUCUGACAACAAAAAGACUGCGAAUUUCAUGUUUGGACUGUUAGAUAUGAAGAAUGAAAUAAAGACAUGGUUGGCUACGAGAGUUUAAUAAUUAUAUCUAGAUUCUAAUUCUGUGUAUGAAAUAUGGGCAUUUCAUUGACUGUACAAAUCUUAUAUUUAAAUGUUUAAUUGCAACCACCCCUGCCUCCACUUUGGGAGGAUACCAACUAUAUGUAAAUAAGUUUGAAUUUCAGGUGUCCCGAAACCACUAGUUCAUAGCAUCCGCAGGGACGAGGAAGAAUCAUGCAAGGGUAAUGGGUGAUACAAAGGCAUUUAGCGUGGUCGUUGCAGUUGAAUGCAAUGCCAUUAUUAUGGCUUUAUGAAAUUCUUUCCAACCCAUAAUUGUCUUCUUUUGUAGCGAUGUCUUAAUGCCAGGUAUGUGUCAGUAGGCGCUUAAACCUUUCCCACAGGUUUCCUGAACGAAAAACCUCAAAAUUAACUUUAGAGGAAUUCCUGUCUUUUGGCUGAUCGAAAAAUUUGCUUGUUUGAUGCAGUUCCUGAUUGGAAAAACAACCCGUGUAUGCUGAGGUGCAACAUAUAAGGGGCAGUAUGAUUUACCCAUGGCAUUAUUUGAAUUUUACCAAAUUGCAUGAAAUAUCUGCAUAUGAAUUAUUGUCACUUUUACGCAGUUUUUCCAGAUCAGACUUGACAGCAAUAAAAAGUCCUUGCAUUAUGAUCAGGACGGUUCUUCUGCUUGCCCUAUCUUCUAGUAUGUUAGAAACAAAAGCAUGUUUAACAUAUCACACGAAUAUUUUAAUGUGUACCCGUAAAACGCAGCUCACUCAGGCUAUGGACUUUGGAAGGCUUUAUUGCCAGCGAGGGUGAUCCGUCUAAACGUCACUGACAAUAGCACUGCUGGCAGAACAUUUGAUGUCAAUCUGUAAUCCGAAAAAGCUUUCAAUGUCUGCACAAUUUACUGCAUUGUCUAUGACAUAAGUCGCCGUAAUUGUUUUCCGGAUAUAGGCGGACUCACAGAUCCUAGCAAGGAUCACUGCUGUGGCAGUCGAAAAUACUCACUCGUGACUAUCGGGAUUCCCCGACUGCAUAUUAAAUUGUUAUUCGCAUGCGCGAAUGGUGAGAAUUUUGUGCAUGGCGGAUGUUUGCCGCAGUCUUACUCAACGAGGCGCAAAACAAACAAAUCGCUUUUUUUGUUGAUCUAGUUUUGGCGUCUGCAUUUUAUGGGUGAAAUAAACGUGAGCACACAUCUAGCGCAGACUGACAUGCACCAACAUUAUUUUAGACUCCUGUAGUAGGCAUGCUGAAAUAACUUAUCCCAUUAUACGAUGAGCCGGCAUUCGUACGUCGUGUUCUUUUCUACCUCUGCCAUAGAAGGUGAAGAAAUGUGUUUCAUGAAGGGCUACAAAAGAAAACAAAGUAAAUGUUCCCUCGGAGAGAACGAGGUUUGCAUGUGGACUGGCAGGACGUAGGUGGCAAACCGUCACAAAGUGGAAUGCAGACAGUGAUUGAAGCUUUCGCUUAACGGUGUUAUUGUGUACGAAGAUAAUGCGUUCCAAUAGAAGCAAAGACACCAGUCCCAGGAUGCAGUCGUCAAGAAGGAGACACGAUCGAUGGGACGAGCUUUAUUGGUCUGACGUUUCGGAUUUAUGUUCCAACACAUCAUCAAAGACAAAGCAGAUACGGUUGGUUCGUGCAUAAGGGUCUAUAGUAUUUAUGGAGUGCGGUAGCCAUGCCACCGCAUGUCUUUGAAUAUUCACGGCUCUCCCCUUCAUCUGGAAUCGUUGCACUUGGUGUGAUGGCCGACAUUAACGUCGUUAAUUGCUGCAAUUUCAUCACGUGCGUUGGAUGUUGGUGUGAUGGUUGAUAGACCAUCCAACGCACGUGAUGAAAUUGUCGGAAUUAACGACGCGCAUAUCGGCCAUCAUGGCUGACGACAAAUGUAUUCGAAUUUCAUGUCUAGUCUGUAAGUUUACUAAAAAUAAAAUAAAAAUAUCUUUGCAUAUGACAGUUUUCUGGUUAUAACUAGGUGUUAAAAAUAUACUUGCAGAUUUCGCAUUCCAUUAUAUGCAUAAAUCCAAGACCUUAUUUUUGAAAUUAAAAUAACAUUUCCGCCAAAAGUUUGACGUCCAUAAGCUCAAAGGCCGGCAGAAGUUAACCGUUUCUCUAGCCCGAAUCGGCAGACUCGUGCUGCUCUUAAAUCUGCCUAUGUGAAGGUAUACGUACCCUGAAUUCGGCUUAUUGCAUAAAAACCAUAAAAUAUCCGAUUUGGAAGAUAACUUGCAGCUCUGCUUCGAAUGAAGGCUCUCUCAUAUGUUGUGAGGUGUCUGGCGAUAGUUGUGCAAAUUUGAAUGUCUUUUUGUGUGAAAAUGAGUAGGGUGUGUCAGUACUGGCUGGCAUCAAAUAGUCCCCUUAAGUCAUUUAUCUACGCCGGUAUGCUGAACCUUAAUGAGCUUGUUAUAGGUCUUGUUUUAGAGCAUGCUAAAGAAAACCCUGCCAUUCUAUUCACGUGCACUUUAGGUUCUGACAUCCAUUGCACACGUGAAAUGUUGGCUGAAAUUAUAAAUUCGUUUUUUUUUAAAUUAGUAACGACUACGUAGCGCGGUUGUAAAAUUGAUUGUUAUGCGGCAUAAUCUUAUAAUAUUUCGGACUCGGCAAGAUGUUAGCUUUUGACUACGCUGAUCUUCAAUGUCCUGUAAAACAUUACUUACUAAAAAUAACUACUUAUGCAGCAUGGAUUUUUCUCAUUUAUUUUUGAUGGUUUAGCAAAAUGAAAUAUAUUUUAUAGAAAUCCCGAACAAACAAAUGGUUUAUUUCAGUUGUUUAAUAACUAAUCACGCCGCUUGCAUAUUUUACAUCCAGGGAAGCAGUAUAACUAAGUUUCAUAAACGUUUUCUGACUGCCAAAUAAUCUAGAGCAUGAUCAGUCAUUGCAUUACCACUUAUUGAUUUUAGUCUACAAGGCCCAUGCGUUCCGCCUAACGCAAAUCGCAUAUUCUUCUGUGCCCUAAAAAGAUAUCAUACAAAUUCAAAAAAUUCUGCAAUGGAUGCGGGCUUUGUUGUACAUUUCAUGAGGCGCAGUGAAAAAAGAGAUGUAUGAUGCUAAAUAAGUAGACAUUGCGCGGUUGUAAAAAAAUCAUAUGAUUAUAAACUCUUUUGGAGCCUUAUUAUAAUCCUUCUUUGAGUAUUAGAUAUAAAUAUGACUUAAUCUCCUAUCAAAGAAAUGAUAAAAAUGUAUUUAACUUUGCAAACUCAUUGAAAAUCCAUUGAAAGAACGUAUGCUGCUGAAGCAGUCAUUUUUACUAAGCACUUUUUUGCAGGAGAUUAAAAAAGCAGCGCAUUCAAAAGCGUACAUCCUGCCGAGUCCGAAAUAUAAUAGGAUUAUGCCGCAAGAUGAUCCGUUUAGCAACCGCGCGUAAAUAAUAUUGCUAAGAGAAAAUGCACUUCAGAAUUUCCGCUUACAUUUCAUGAUAUCGAUCACUUACUGUAUACAGUCUCUUUCAAGCACGCAUAGAAAUAAAUCUUUUUUGAAUUAUCGAGAAAUAUUUCCAUUUGAACUUCAUGAAGAUUUCAUUUUCCCGUAUCGUUUUGUAAUAAGAGCUGCCUUUUCUAAUGUAAUCGCCAGUUCGGAAAAACAGAAAACUUACUAUCCUCUACUCGAAGUUGCGUAUGCUUAUACACGUCCGCCAUAUGAUUCCCGUAUUCAUAAGUCAUUUGUCAUAAAUGCAUAACGUUACUUAUUUCGACAAUAGCGCUAGGCACCACACCGUUUAAAAAAUCCCACGUGCCGCCGAAAUAGUCUCUCGUGUUAAAACUCCCAAGGCCUUCAAUAAAACGAUUUAAAAUAAGACUUAUUACUUAUUAAAUGCCGGAGAGCAUGAAGUUUCAUUAUAAGAAUUUGGUAGAAUGUCAUCAAGUUACCAAUAGCAGAUAAAAUGUCGUAAGAGCAAUGAAAUGUUCACGACUUUGGGUUUUAUGAGUAAACGUUUUGCUAAUUUUCAUAACCUGUGAUAAUAUUCAUUCCCUCUUCGAAAUACCCCUUUUUUGUUUAAAUAGAUGAACAAAUGGCAGAGAAAAAACGCUUUAUAAGCAUUCAAAAUAUGGUUUAGAGUUAACUCAAAAUUACAUUUUUUUCGAUUUAAGAACCAAUACCGGAUACAAUUAUAAUUAUCAUUUACAGUGACGUUCUGACAUUCGAAGGAAUCGGCUUGUGUCACUUCUUACAACGUCUUCUCUGUUCAACAAAAUUAAAAUAAUUUUACGGCCUAUUUUUCGUUCUAUAAAUGUUUAAGCUAAAUUAAAACCACGAUUCUUUUGUUACGGAAUACGAACGACAUUACUUUCAUCAUAGCGCUUAAUUGUGCACCCCUAUAACAGUAAUGGAGGAAUAAAUUUUGGGUCUGCGCAAAUGAUAUUCAGUAGCCUGAUUUUUUAAUAAUACAUUCGCCACUUAAUUUGUAUGUUCAAAUUAAAGAUUUAGGUUUAAUCCGACUCAUUGAAGCAAGUGUUUCAGACAUCUGCGCAAUUAUAGAAACUUUGUCAGCACGGUGCGACGUGGAGACGCCUAACCAACAUUACAAAAGACAUACGUCUGCUGAAAACUCGAAUAAUGCCUUGCGAUCACCACACGCAGCGCUGUUUUGCUUAAUGAUAAACGUGUUAAAAAACACUUUCUAGAUCGUUCGCAGAUGUUUUUUGUUCCAAAUGGGUUUGUGACAUUUGCAAUCCAUAAAACGUCUGCCGAAUCAACGGUGAUGCGUAUAUCCCGCACUGCGAGCAGAUCACCUGUCUUGCCAGUCAACAUAUAAUUCAUUUAAAAGUCACCCAUGCACACCGGCUUAAUUGUGGUUUCAUCGUUCGUCUCGUUUAGCCGGCGUAUGGAGAGGACUAAUAGACACAACAAAAAUCCUAUUAACGUCGUCCUUUGCAGCUACUCCCGGAAGUUACCCCGCAGUCCGGAGAAAAUAAGGAAAAAAUCACUUAACCAUGCGAUGACAUGUUAUUUGGCCUCGGACAAAAGUGUAGUGUUUGAUCGCAACCUGCGCCCUUUUAGUGGCUCAUUGUUUUCAAUUCCUUACAGAUGCAUACCCGGACACCGUCUGAUGAAAGCUUUUCCAGAAAUGGUUGCAAAGAGAGUCCGCCCGUCAAUUCCGUUCGGCCAAAAUUAUCUAAGUAAGUCAUCGCACUGUUGUCCGUAACGUGAGUUAAAAACAAAUGAGAGCUGACAGAAGGGCAAUCUAGUCCUAGUAAGCAGAAAACUGUUUCAAACUUGGAUACAGUCAAAAUCAUAUACAACGCCUUCCGAGCGCUAGGACUGAAGGUUAUCGGAGGGAGAAAAUGCUUUUCCCUGCAAUAAAAUAGGAUUUGGAAUACAACGAUUAGUACAAAGUGAAUUUCGCUUAUUAUACAAUCAAAUACACUUAGGUGCCUUCCAUUUAGGAAGACGUGAUUUUCAGUGAACAUAAAAGUACCUUCUAAACUGCUUCAACCUUUCUCUGACGCCGGAAGAAACGGUCGCUGGGACAUAAAAAUUUUGCGCCUGAAGUAUCGUAUUCCCCCUGAAACCCAUUCCCAAGGACAGCUGAGCCUCUAAAUACAAUUGCUUCUAAAUGUUGCAGACGACCAAUGUAAAGAUAUGCGGGUGAACCUUGUAGUAAGCAUAUGAUACGCUUAAUACUGGCGUCAACAGGCCUAGACGUAUGGUUUGGGAGGUAUUUCAAUUUUUUCUGUCACCACCUUUCAUACCGGGAUGGUAACUUCUGUUUCUGAUCGAAUUUGCAGCAAAAAUAAUUUCGAGGAAUAGCCAGCAGUUAAUAGCAUGAUAGGGGCUUAUAGGCUGACAUUCGCCGAGUGCAUUUCUUGCAUAUUUAUGCACAUAUGCGGAAACUGGUGUAUCGUAGAGUUUGAUAACUGAAAGUGGAAAACAGACUUUGGACUAGAAAUAAUCACCCAAAUGGUACUAAAGUAUUCAUGUCUGCUUUCGAGCAAAAUUCCGAUCGUCUGCAGAAUAACACCUUUUAAAAUGGCUACAAAAUGCUGGGACCUUUUCUAUUUAUUUUCGGUAAGCUUACAAAUUCAGAUUUAUCUUGCAGAAAAUAUGCAAAAAAUAUACUUCCUUGAACCAGCUCAGCAACAAAUUAUGUGUUUUUUCAACUUUUUAGUCGAUAAAUGUUUUAUAAAUGUCCUUAGCAAUGAGAUUUGUAAGAUCGUGAUGCUUCAUCUUCAGUUCUUGCCAGAAGGAUACUCUAAAUGCCCGCAAGAAUACUGCCGGGAACCCGACGUUCCUCGGAAUAUUUGCAUUAUUAUUUUAAAUGAUGGUGUUUUCAUUAAUCUGUCGGCUUUGUCUAGAUCGUUAGUCAGUUCCCCUCUAUCGAAUGCAUAGAACAGUUUUUCCUUCUGAUCUCAAAGGCGGCACAUUCUAAAGAUUGAAUAAUCCCCGAGACCAUAGUUACUGAACUUUUUAGGUGGCAGAGCAGUGAGGCGCCUCCAUUUGUUCUGUUUGGAGGUUUCUAAAUGGUCUGUGUUGUGGUAGAAAAGGAUCUAAAAUUGCCUAAGCUGAAAGAUCCAGGGCAACCAUUUAAAAAACAGAAAUAGCUCACAUGUGACGAUUUAUUUUGCCGCUUCCAUUUCGGAAAGCCUAGUAAACCUGCCAUUAGCUAAGCGUAAAGCGCUCAAAAUAGGGCCGGGUUGACCUUCAGCUGAUUAAUUUCUUUCUUCUUCCCCUGUGCUGGCAUUGCGUUGGAUAUUUGGCGGGCAUCACAACGACGUGCCUUGGAAGUUAUCGCCUUGAUGGGAGUGGUUGGGUUUCUGCGCCGGUUGUGCGGUCUGUCGACUGUUUUGCCCGCUGUCAGGCGAAUUCGUUUUUGGUGCCGCGCUUGUGUGUGAUUUUUUUCAAUUUCUGUUUAGACAUCUUGCCCUGUUAUUUGUGUACGCAAUAACGGUUGAAGUAAAGUACCUCGGUUAUUUAUCAUGACAUCUUAAUACCACGUCUCAGGUAAUAGUUGUGCUGUCCUAGAAUAUCCCUGGCCCAAGAUCAGAAGCAUGAUAGCAUUUCCAGUCUAGUCUCUGAUUUGCAACUUGCAUGACGAUUUUACCACAAUGGUUUUAUUUAUUCUACAAUGAUUAUUAAAUAAACAACCUGGGUAUUGAUAUGCUUAGAUAUAAAUUAACUUGUUUGCUUAACUUCAAGAUGUUGACAAAAGUCAAAAUGUGGGACGGUCGGGUCAUUUAUAGUACUUUAACUGCCAUACUGCCUGGGACACUGCUUUGUGUCUGCAAGCCGUUUGUGUCCAUUAAUGGUCAACACAAACUUCACUCUUACCUAGAAAAAAAGUUCUUUCUUUACGUCACGACUGAUUCCAAGACCGAUAUCAUCAUCAAUUACAACCAGGUAUAUCCUUACCCAGGAGGUCCAUGUAGAUCAAUAAUCAUAUUUAAGCAUGCGUCAAAUUACCUGUCACAGUUAGACGUGAAAAUGCGCUGGUAAGGGCUUAUGGAAUCUCUACGCACUGAUAAGUAGGUAAUGCAGAAGACUGACACCACACUGCACCUGCGGAUAAACUGUGGAUUCAGCGUCGCAACAGCAAAGCGAUAUCGAAAACCGAAAACAGGACAAGGCGAGAACAGUUAGAGGCCCGGAUCCUCUAUCUCCUCAUCGCGUGCUGCAUGUUUAUCAGCCGCGCAUGACGUUUGUACCGCUCUGUGUCCUGGAUGUCAUACAGAAGGACCGUAAAGUCGACCAGUGACACACGCAGCUCACACCCGCCAUUCCUGCUGCCUCGCGUCUUCGCUGCCUCAGAUUAUGUAUUCCAACAUGUGAAAUUCGAGGGGUAAGCAAAAUAAAAGUAGAUUUUACAGGUUUGAUCACCCUGACUGCUUUAUUUUGUCUACUAUUCAAGCGGGGUUGACGCCCUGUUUCGUAGUCAUAGUAACAUGCGUGCGUGGACAGACUCCCUAUGUCUAUCAACAGACUUUCCAGCAAUACCUAUAAUUAUUAACAUUUAAAGUUAAAAAUAAUGAUGAACACUCAAGUUCCACACAAAAAUACCAGCAUAUUGCAAAGAUGGCAGACUGGAUUUAGGAAAAAACUCCAUCAAAAAAAUAUGAAUUCCGAGAGAAACCUUAUUUGGUAAACAGAUGUCUCAACACCUGUUUACAGGUUUUACUUAACUUCAUGGUUUUUCUAUUUUAAUAUCAACGCGGACAAUCUUGUAGGGUGGAGUAUAACAUGAGACGAAUAUUGACAUUUUUACUAUUCGUUUGAGGAUAAUGAGAAGGGAAAUGUGGAUGAGUAAAUACACAUCGAAGUGGCCUGGAACGGGAGUCGGUCUUUAUCAAUCAACCGCAUUAGGGAAGAGUGCGUGAAACAUAAUCGUAAAUUCGCUGCGGAGAAUGCAGUAGUAAUCGUUAUUUUCAGACGUCUUCUUACUUGGAUACUUGCUGCGUCCCCUUGAGAAGGCAGUCUUGUAAAUUUACUUGCUCCUGUGGAGCGGGAUAAUUUGGCUGCACAACGAGUCGCCUGGAAAAUAGAGUACCUGAACGCAUAUUGGCCUAGCUAGGCAGCGGAGAUUACAAGUCGAUUUCGCGUUCUAUUGUCGCACAUCAAGUCGAUGCGAAUCACCGACUCGAUGCCAAUAAAGCCUAUCAGGUUGUCUACUGGACACCAGCAAGCUCCUCCAGUGGCACUCGCCGACGGGUGCUAGCUAUAACCUGGGCAGUGUCUGUACCGUUAGCCAAUCCAGUGAUAUGUUGACAGAAGACGCUGACACAGGCGCUCUGUCGCCCGUGUCUGAUGCCGACCCCAGAUGAUGAUUGCACGUCGCCCCAACCUCCUGAUGGCAGUAGGGUGUGCUCAAAGUACCCGAUGUACAAAGAUCACUCACAGCUAUGUCACCCCUCCCCCUUGUCUCCUUGACCCAAUGACCACCUGGAGGACUCAGGUGCAAUAACACAGAACGACAGGCGCAUGGCGAGACCCCAAGAUACGGCUUUGGCCCGAUUCUAUGACACAAAGACGGUGCGCAAAGACGGCGCUCCUCACCGACCCAACGUACGGACUGGCUAAAUAUGGCGUCUCAAGUACCUGACCGCUGAGUCAGACACCACGGUCUCUUCGUCAGCACAAUUCCUGGAGAAACUCAAAGGGGUUAGCCUCCAUCCAAAUGAGGUCAUGGUAUUUUUUGAUGUUUUAUCCCUCUUUACUUCUUCUACCCAGGACCUGGCGAUCGAGACAAUCGAGCUGCUACUACAAAGCAAAUACGAGGAAGAGGAGAAACGUCUUGUACACGCGCAAAUCCUUCAGCUCCUGAAGCUCUGUCUCAGAAAGUACUCCACAUUCAACGGGACAAUAUACGAGCAAGUGAAGGGCACACCAAUGGGUUCCCCGAUUUCGGGAUUCAUCGCCGAGGCCGUCCUGCAACGGUUCGAUUCGCUGGUCUUCCAACACCACAAACCGAAGUUCUGGGCCCGGUAUGUGGAUGAUACCUUCGUCGUUAUUGACCGGGAUCAACUGCUGACAUUCAAGGAACGUCUGAAUGCGGUCCUCCCAGACAUACAAUUUACGAUGGAGGAGGAAGAGAACAACCAGCUGGCCUUCCUGGAUGUCCUUGUAUGCCGCAAGGAUUAUGGUGGACUAAAGACCAAAGUGUUCCGGAAAGCAACAAGUACGAUGUAAGUACUGAACUUCAACAACAGCCACCCAAACAACCACAAACACCGAUGUGUAAGGAGGCUCUUUGGGCGUAUAGAAACGCACUGCAGUUAUAGGGAAGACAAAAUUUCCGAACUACCAUACCUUUAACGUGUAUUCAAAGCCAAUGGCUUUGCGCGCAACUUUGUCAACCGGUGCAUACGCAAAAAGGACGAAAAACCUAACCGCACGGACACCAAAUCUUGGCGGGCGCUUCCGUAUAUUAAGAAUGUUUCGGAUGAUUUCGGCCGCCUUCUCGCACCACUUGGAGUUGGAGUGGCACACAGAUCGGACGCAACCAUCAGGCGUCCGGUAAUGAAAUCGAAAGACCCGCUUCCACGGAUAGAAUCGUCCGGAGUCGUUUAUCGGAUCUGGUGCAAUUACGGAAAUAACUACGUCGGAGAAACCGAAAGGCAGUUCCGAACGAGAAUGGCCGAACACGCUGCAGCGGUGCGGAGAAAUGACGUCGGCUCCCAAGUUGCGGCUCAUUCGACGAGAUCCAGCCACACAUUCGAAUUCGAAGAGGUUGAAAUUCUCGCUAGAAGCUAGGAGCUAAUUGAAUCAUGGUUUGCUUGGUCCCAGCCCAUUAACCAGUGCACUGAACUUCCCCUUCCACACUCAGUGCUAAGACUUCGUCUAGACGGUGUAAUUAGCCACGUGGGGAGCUCACAGGUGAACACUUAUCCUAACACCAGGGUCGGUGGGUCAGAUGAUUGAUUAAUCAUCAAACCAACACCCAACGCACGUGAUGAAAUCGCAGCAAUUAACGACACGAACUUCGGCCAUCAUACAAUUAGCACAUCAACUGCGACGAUCCCUGAUAAAGGCGGGAACCGUGAACGUUCACAUGUAUGGCGACAGCAUGGCGACUGCAUCCUAUGAAUACUGCAGCCUCUUGUGCAUGAAUCACCCGUAUCUGCCGUAGUCUCUGUUGAUGGGUUCGAGCAGGAACUUGUGCAUGAAUCACCCGUAUCUGCCGUAGUCUCUGUUGAUGGGUUCGAGCAGGAAUGCGAAACGUCAGGCUAAUAAAACUCUUGUCCCAGCGAUUGUGUCUUCUUCUUUAAGUCUACUUUGUUAAACCGGAGAUUUAAUCUAAGAAAAAGCGACUGUUUUUUACAGCAGUCAGUACUCGCAAGUCUCAACUCUGAGAUUCGGAACAUUGCUCGCCUCUGUCUGUUCGCUCUCUGUUCCUUACUGCAGAAGACGGACUGUCCCUUUUUUACGAUUUUGUCACGAUGACCCUAAGCAGUACAGCCCUCCUGCUUGAAACUAGCAUAAUUUAAUUAACAAAAAAAUUUGUUGAGUGUCUACAAGGAAUAUUUUCAGCAAAUAUUGUAUUCACAAUAACCAAUAUAAGUUGUAUGCGGACUGGCGACGACUUCGUCUGUAUCUCAGACAACCUGUAUUGCCAAUAGAAGCGAAAAUUGGAUAUUCGGUAAUCAGUUUGGAAUAAAGUGAUCUGACUGCUGGAAAAAGACGUUUACGCACCUAUAGUUUCGGAAUCCAUCGUCGGAGCUAUGUGCAGAAUAUUCAACUGUUAUGGGUCUCUGUGAGAAACCUUCAUAUCAGACGAGUAAAGGACUUGCUUCUUCACCAUUCUCUCAUAAACAACCUGAUGUUUCAGUAAGGUAUAUUAUUAAGCUUUUAGUCGGAAAAUGCCAUCCGAAAACAGCAAAGGCUGUUCACUGGAUAUGUUUAAUCUCGCACUUUCCGCAAACUUCAAGUUGUUUGGUCUUCUCGAAUGCAAGGCCGCAAGAUUAACUUAGUUUUUUUUGUCCGCUUUACUUUAAUGUUUCUGUUUACCAUCGAGCCCAGUUGUGGACUAAAAAUAUUUUCCAUCCCCCGUUUACGCAUGGUCGAUGUGAACGGAAUAUGGCGCAGAUAUAUCAGGUUAUGCCCGCGACUGCUUCAGUGGUCUACGUUCUGGAACUAGAUUCAAGCUGCAAGAGGCAUGUACAUUAGGCCUAAACUGGGAUAACAGACAGCUGUGAGAUUGAUUGUUAAGCUAUUUUGGAGUGAAGGAAAUGAAGAAGUGAACUACAGUAACAAGGAGCCAAAUCUGGACAAGAUUUGUUUGCUGGAGGCGGCGAGUGUGUCCGUAAUGAAGUUGAAACAAAAGCCUGCCGAAGGGGUUCUAUUUCUAGAAAGCCCUAAACGUUCUACUGAAGCAGCCGGGCAUGCUAUAGCACUGUUUAGUGGUUGCAUUUCUUGCCCACAGCAGACAGCAGUGCGCAAUGCAGUACUUCGUUGCAAAAGGCAACUAAAAGUCAUAAGAUAUAGAGGUCUUAUUUAAAACUUCUUAGUUUGUCAGCACCGAAAGUACGCCGCCUAAAUAGAACAACGAAUGGAGUCACAAUGUAAGCGACGAAAACUAAUUGCUUUUCAAAUGAGUUAGCUGCUGACUGCUGACGGUAAAACCCUUGUAGUACACAUGAUUCGGUUUAGAAACGGAAUAUAUUCGUCCAGAAAAGUCCACUAAUUUGCUGUCCCACACUGUAUAUUAAACAUAAACGUAUUGUCUCAUAAGUGCUAAAAGUAUUUUGUCAGAACAGGAAGUAUGUGCGUCUCUUCGAUCGCGCAUAUAGCAGUUAUUUGGUGUGAUCACCCAUUUUAGCCGAAGUAAACUCCUAUCGUUGACCAUAUGCAUAGUGGUAGGUCACUUUUGUUCAACCGAGCAAAAUAGAUUGAAGUAACGGGGGAAUUACAUAUAUACAUCUGGUCUAUUGCAUUUAUAGCGAUCUGCCCAUGCUGUAUAUAAUAUGUAAUUAGACAGGUGUCUGAUAAUACGGUGGCUAAUUUAUUUUGAAAAAUAAGGAAGCUAAAAGGAACUAAUCAACAAUGUAAGUUUGACUGUCAAAAUUUAUUUUUUAUUUUUACUGAUGCUUCCAAGCAGUCCGGUGCGGUAAAUAUGUCUUGUAAGAUUAGUAGUUAGAGACCCCCCUGAGAAACUCAGUUAACUAGUUAGCAAGCACAAAAUUAUUUUCCGCGAAAGUUUGUCACAUUACUGGAGUCAUGUGAUAGUGCAGACGAGUAAUAGAAGGGUAAUAGAAGGAAAAAAAUUAACGGUCAUUUCUACACAAAAUGAGAUGUUUUUAAGAAAACCCAUGCGCAGGUGUCGAAGGGACAGGAAAAACGCCGUCAAAGUAGCCUGUUAAAAUCACAUGGAGACGCCCUGACCAAACAGUUUUACCAAGAUUUCAGACAGUAAGCGUUCGAAAACUAUUCUGAAAAAAACCCUAUUUCGCAUACAAGUGGUGAGGAGAGAUUGUCAAAUAUAAUGGAACAGGCCAUAUUGAGCACAAAAGUAGUCCCUAUUUAAAUCAAUAUGUGAACACCUGCCAAUGGAAGCGAAGAGACGAGUCCCAGGAAGCAGUUUUGAAUCCGAAACGCCAUGAGUAAUAAAGCUCUUGUUCCGGCGAUCGUGCGUUCUUCUUCAUGUGAACACCUCCCAGUAAUGCGAUCUUGUCCUCUAGUCCUCACGUACAUCCGGUUAAAUACUUCCACCCUUGUGUUUACGAACGUCUCAGAACAUACAAUAGUAUUUUAAAUACAGAAAGCAGCUUUAUACGACUGGCUAAAUGUAGCGAAUCAUUUAAAGAUGAGAAACAACCAAAAUUCAAAUGCUCUUAUGCUUUUCUUAUUCUCAGAUGAUGUUCAUUAAAUUCAAAAACCGGCGAAAAGAAAUUUAAAAUCACGGGCAGUCGCGCAAAACAGGCAAGAGAUAACGGUUACUUCAAAAUGCUCCCGAGGAAUGCGUUUUUUACAAUACUUUCAAAAAAAACCGCGGAAUAAAUGCACAUAUAACAAAAGUCAGUAUUUAAAGUACGCAUUUAACAAGUAGUGAUGUUCCGAAAGCCUGCUCUAAAAGGUGGCUACUGAGAGAUUCAUGCAAAGUCAGCAUGUGAUCGUAGACAAAUGCUUUCGACAAACUGUUCGAAAGUCUGCUGCAUUUCUAUUCACCAACAAUAACAUUUGUAACCACAGCCAGUUUUUCGCAAAGACUUCCAGACACCAUACGUCAGUCAAGUUAGCCUUUACUUAAAGCAGGACGAAAAGUUAUCUUUCAGUUUGGAAAUUUAAUCGCCUUCGUGGAGCAUGACGCCAAUGCGGCAGGUGAGGCUUCACAUUCAUUCGUAGGGUGCACAGUUGGUUCGAUCGCAGAGAAAAGUCAGAUUCGAAAGCAGAACGCGCCUGUCUCUCGGGUUAGGUAGACCAUCGUUAUUACAGUAGACACGCAGCAACAGCCUACUGGCCUUUGAACUCCAGAUGUUAUCAUUAUAUCGCAGACGUUAUUUCAAAUCGAGCAUUUGAAUCUGGGGUUUGUACAGUCAGUGAAAUACUCUAAUUUCAUACACGUAAUUAACAUCUGAAUCAAAUCAGUACACUCUCGUAAUCAACCAUGUCUUUUUUAUAUUCUCCAUAUCAUACAGCCCAAACAUGAAAUUCACAAGUUUUUGUUGUCGGGUAAAACAAAGACGAGGCGUUUGUCGAAUCGAAUGGUUCCUGCAGAAAUUGAUCGUUCGCACGUUAUCCUCAUGCAUUUGCAAAUGGAUAGCAUUUAGCGGGUUUUAUAUUAAAACUUUAAAUUACUGAAAUCUUGCAAGCAUGCGUUUGUUUCAUUACUUAUUUUUUUAACAGAAGAACUUAAAUCGCAGUCCGCAUUCCACAUUUACCGUCUGCAUGCGACAGUCCUCGUCGAGAGGAGGUUUUCUUUGGUUUAUUUCAAAUUGCUUCGAGAAGCAUAUUUCCUCAUUUUUUCUGAACAGUGAAUUUUGAUUAGGUAUGUCCAGGGACAAAAGAACAAUGCGUGGACAUGAUGUCUGGUUGUCUGGUGGGUCGAUAUAUUCCCGCUUGCGUACUGCAGAGAUUUAAAAUAAUGUCAGUAUAGGUCACACUGCGCUGAAUGUGUGCUCAGGCAACCUUCGUCCGUACAAUUCACGCACCGAAAGUAGCUCAGAAACAAAUGGAAUUUGUUUGUUUCGUGUAUGGCUGAGUUGGACUGCCAGUAAACAUCCGGCAAGCACAAAAAUGCCGCAUUCACGCAUGCGAAUAACGCUUUUAUAUGCAGUCAAAAAACUGCCGGUGGUAAUAACAAAAUUUAUCCUUGCUCCUAAAAGUGAGUCUGUCUAUUUCAGGAAAGCAAUCCAGGCGAUUUUAAUUAUAAUCAACUUGGUGAAUUUUAUAGACCCUGACCGCUUAUUAGGAUUGCUGUUCGCCGUCAAGUGUUCUAUCGGUAUUGCUAAGUUCGAUGACGCUUACAACUGCAACGCUUGCUGACAAAAAAUACUUCUGGAAUCAUGUGGACUGGGUUUCACAGCCUAAGCAAACGUGCGUUUUACGAUAACACACCAACACAACCCCAAAUAUGCACAUGAUAUUUAUUGCGAAUAUGUUUGUCUAAGCUGCAAAAGUAAGAAAUUAUUAGGGGGGAGAAACGUUCUUAUUUAAAUGCAAGGAAUUUAUUAUUGAUGCCAUGUCUGUUCUGAUAAUGUUGGAAAGAAUUGACGACUAGUUUUUCAUCUAAUUUGUUAGAAUUUUAAUUGCGUCAAGGUAUGUUGUCUUGCAUUUUUAUGUUUUUUAUAAAUCAGGGACUGUGUCGGAUAAGCAAAUCGUUCGAUUGGUCACAAGACAGGAAUUCCUGCAGCCUUGAUCUUAAAAUUGUCCGUUCGCAAAAACUGCGUGAAAGGUUUCACCGCCUACUGACACAUUCCAAGCCAUAAUUCAUCGGCGGAAAAGACGUUUGUGAAGGGUUGGCGGAAAAGUCGAUAUAAGGCAUGGAUCUGUAUGGCCGUAUGCGUCUAAGGGAACAUUUGCACUAAAACACCACAUCCCAAAAUUCAUCAUCACGCUUCGCCUUCUGCAGUCCCUUAGAUAUGAGUUCGCCCAACUCACCCACCGGCUACACAGAAAAUGUAUCUCUUACAACUACCUUACUGCACUGCGGUUUGCCCGGGAGGUUAUAAAAUUACGUCAUUACUCGCUCUACACCAUCAGUCCUCUGCGUUUGUCUGAAUUCGUCGACAGGUGGACUAAAGUUGCUCCCUCUUAGUGUGGCCUCUAUCGCAUCGUCGUUUAGAUGGAAUUCCAGUCGCCCCCUCUCUCAUUCUGUCAAAAUCGUGUUUAAACUCACGCCAGGUCGUGUGUGGCACGGGCUAUUAAAGUCUGUCGGUCAACGCGCCAGAACUUUUCUUUGAUGGUCUCAACUCCUUCUUGACUGCUGCGCCGAGAAUGAUGACGAAUAUGACAGCGUAGUUACUGCUUCACAAGACGGAAUCCGUCAUGAACUAGUCAGCAAGCCAGUUGACGUACUUAUGUGCGCCAUGUUUUAGGGCGCACGAUAGGCAUCAUCGUUUGCGAUUUUGAGUCUGUUGAUUGCUCUUGCGUUCGUUUGGUCCUACAAACCGAUGAAUUUGAUUCUUCCUUAGUCUUUUGAUGUACGAAGACUUUCAGAAUGCUUCCAGCGAUGGAGACAUUUAAGUAACGCAAACCACUUUGAGCAACUGAUGCGUUCAUUUCAGUGAACGGCUAAUACAAAAAAGCCAAAGCCUUUAGCUCCUUUAGAGUAAUUUAGACAAUAAAUUUAUGCAUAGUCAAUUGGACAUGGAAUUCCUUUAUAUUGGACAUGGUACAAAGCGUUAGCGCAGUUUAUUUAUUAAAAACAUGGUGUGACAGUUUUGAAGUAUUUCUUCUGCCCACUGUUUGGCUAAAUCUACCAAUAUAGGGACCAAUAGACAAAUAAUUUCAGAGGAUACUAUUUUUACGUCUGUCAAUUCUGUUUAUUUUGUUUCUUUUCUUUGAGAACUCUUUAAAUAUUCAACAUUGAAUUUGUAAAAAACGUUCGAGGUGUUGAGAGUACUCACUUUCAGUUCCUUUAGCUGGACGCAUUUGCUAACAAUGCCACUCGUCGCCAACUCGUUUGUGAUUAGGUACACAUUCGGUUUGGCCAGCUUAUAAGCAGACCUAAUGACAACAAAAUAGUAUAAAAAUGUAUCGACUGUUUGCCAUUUCAUUCAGUCUUUGACUCACGUAACAUUGUUUUGGCCGACAGCAACGACGACACCGAUCUUUGCGUGGACGACUCUAGCCGCCUUAAAACCAUCGCUGACGUAAGGAAACGUCUCUCCCUAGGGAACAUUAAAGGAUUUUAAUGGUUCCAAUGCCCAGAGGCAUGGGAGGUCUGCGGAAAAAGAUCAAGGCUUCAGCUAGCUCAGUGGUGAUGUUGGUGCUCAUGCUGAUGAUGACGACGAUGGUGAUGAUGAUGAUGAUGAUGAUGAUGAUGAUGAUGAUGAUGAUGAUGAUGAUGAUGAUGAUGAUGAUGAUAGUGGUUGUGUUGAUGUUGCGAUAAUGUCCAUGACGACGAUGCUGUGA